CCUACUUUCUACCUCCCUAUUUGUGUGUUUUGAGGUUAUUUCUCUAUGUUGCUGCCAACUCAGUCUUCACUUUACUGAUGGGACAGGGUUUCCUUUUCAUUUCUUUGUCGAGCAGCCUCUUGACCCACUUUUUCUGAGCUUGAUGGUAGUGUCAUCUACAACAUAAAUUCCUGCUGUCUUUCCCUGCUUUUGUCUUCCCUUCCCCUGAUUCUAAGCUUUGGAUUUUAUGAAGAGUCUUGGUUUUAAGAUGUCUACAUUUGCUUUUUAUUUUCAUAGUUCACUGGUUGAGUCCCAAGAGAAGUAAUGCUGUGCAUUAAAAUGUAUCGUUAUUAAAACCAAAACUUCUCCAAAGAGUAUUUGCAGAGUCUAUCGUUCGAAAAGAUGUGCGUAUGAAAAUAUUAAGUGCUAAGAUCAGGAGUCAUGGUUACAUAUUUGGGCCAAUUAAAGUUAUGUUUAAAAAGAAGUUUAUAGAAAAAAGUUACCAAGCAUUAAUAUGUUAAUAUCAUCUUUGGUUGGAAGGAUAAACGGUCUUAAGACAGAAGCAUUCCCAAGAUCCUACAGGCUCAUAUGGGAAAGGUACAAGCCUAGGGGUUCAGAAAAAUGUUCCCAGAGACUAGAUCAAAAGCAGUGAGCAAAGAUUGACCCAGGGAAGAUGAGCAGGGUGAACAUUCCAGGUUGAAAAUACAGUAAAUAGAAAGGUUUCUCACGAUUCCUCUGAUCUCUCUCUCUCUCUCUCCAGGAAGGAGGCCAUCGUUGUGGUUGGUAUAGCUAACAUGGAUCCAAGAAAGAAUUCUUACAUAGAGUACCCGGUCAGCACCAUCAUCAUCCAUGAGGAAUUUGACAACUACUCCAUGAACAAUAACAUAGCCCUCCUGAAGACAGACUCAGCGAUGCACUUCGAUGAUCUGGUCCAGUCCAUCUGCUUCCUGGAGAAGGAUCGGCCUGUGCUCCCAGCCUUGAAGAAUUGCUGGGUGUCAGGAUGGAAUCCCACAUCUGCAACAGGAAAUCACAUGACAAUGAGUAUCCUGAGGAGAAUCUUCGUGAAAGACCUUGACUUGUGUCCCCUACACAAACUCCAGAAAACGGGCUGUGGCAGUCACAAAGAGCAGGAAACUGACACUGUCUGCUUGGGGGAGCCAGGAAGCCCCAUGAUGUGCCAGCUGCAGGGUUUGGAUCUGUGGGUCCUGAGAGGACUCCUGACCCACGGUGGUGAGAAAUGCCCUGGCUUCUAUCUGUAUACCAAGGUGGAAGACUACAGCGAUUGGAUCACAUCCCAGGCCAGCAUGGCUGGCCCUCCCCUGUCUUCACUCCACCUCUGGGAAAAGUUGAUCCAUUUCUCUCACCAUAGGUUUCCUGCAGUCGUGACGCAGGCUACAUAUUCUCAACAGGGCCAUGUAGGAUGGUCCCAAUCCUACCCCCAAGGACAAAGAAAGCCCAGUGUACAUUUACAACAAGUAAACAGCUCUAGCUCUAGACAUGGUCCAGACCAUAGGGUAAAGGGCCUACAGCAAGCAGACAGUUCUGCCGAGAUGGCUCUUCACCCCAUGUACUAUGACUACUACGGUGGGCAUGCUGGGAAGAUGUCUUUUGCAGGCCAGGACACAGUGCAGCCUCAAGAAAUCUUGGUUCUUUUCAUGCUUGUUUUCUUCAGCAGCAGUGUGUAGAUCUAGGAAGGAACCCA